AUGACUGGUUUUCUUAACGGUAUAAUACAAUUACCGAUAAUCAAUAUUACUGAUAGUGGAGUAGAUUUUGUAUGUCCUGGUACUGGUCCUACUAGCAGUUUAAGAGAAUACACCAGCUUUUUUUCUCAAGUAGGGACGUUCAUCCCUAUCGCAGGUCUUCUUUUUACUAUAGCUGUUUAUGGUGCAAAAUCUGUAUUUGGAAUUAUGACUACCUGCUUGAUUGAUGACAUUGUUAUUGCUACAACUUCUUUUGCACCAAUUUUUUGGUGGUACACUUUUGCCAAACCAUUAUGGUUUUAUGGAAUAAUACAUGAAAUCCAAGGGGAUCUAAUUUACGACAAAGAUCUUAUCAAUUCAAUAACUAUUGAUUUUUGGGGCAAUUGUCAGGUUUCAUUUUCAUCAAUGUCGGAAUGA